AUGGAAGAAACAAUAAAUUCAAGUUUAAGACAAUUUUAUUCGACAACAUUAAUAAAUAAUUAUUUAAUUGACAGAAAUAUUUUUAAAACAAGAAUCAAUGAACUUAUUAAUUCAUUUAAAAAAUCAACACGAGAAAAAUUCGGAGAAAUAUUUCAAGUAACUCGUGAAUUUGUUCAUGGAAAUACUUUUUUAUCAGCUGAUAAUAAAAGUUGGAAAUAUGACUUAUUCAAAAUAUAUCAUCAAUCAAUUGCUUAUCCAGUAUCAGAAACAUAUCAAAAAGGGCAAUGUACAUGUGCAACUUCGUUACACUGCGUAGAAUCAGCUAUGUUUAAUAAUAUAUCUAUUGAUGGAUUAUUUUUUGGCUGUUAUCCAAUUGAAGCUAUGCUAUAUUCUUCAUUGGAAUGUCUAUAUAAAAAACCAUGUUUAGAUUUAAUUUCAUCAAGUGUUCAACAAGAUUCACCAGGUUUUUCAGUGGACGUUUUACGAUUAGAAGCAAAAUAUUCAAUAAAUGAAACAGUUCAACAUAUUCUUGAUCGAUUAUUUGUUAAUGAAUGGAGUUUCAAUUAUUCUUAUUUUAAUUAUACUGAGAAAUGUCAUUCAACUGAGUGUACUCAUUCAUCUAUCCAAAAGUUUAAUGUAUUACACAUAUUAACAACGAUUAUUAGUCUAUAUGGAUGUUUAACAAUAUUAUUAACAUUUUUAAUUCCUUUAAUUAUUAAUAUUAGUUUUCGAAUGUAUUGUGGAAGAAUUCAAAUGACUAUUGAACCAGAUUUAUCGCCAUAA